GUGGUGUGAUUUGAGCUCCUCCUCACCCAAAUUCUGACUACAAACUGCAAUCUUUGUUAAAAGUGUAUCCUUUUUGUAACGUUCUCUCUCUGGAUUUUUGGGAGCACUCUCAGUCCCUCCCUGGUCCCUUUAAUUCCCUUUCACUCAAAUCCCACUCUAUACAACCUCUCUGCAUUUUUCUCUCUGAUUGUGUUGUCUCUAAUUUGGCUAUCGUUACUAUAUUUCAUCCAAUCUUCUCUGUCGCAAGACCUCAUCAUGAAGACGAUUGCCCCUCUUCUGCUCUUAAUCUGCUGUUCACUGCUGGCUCCCCGCGGGAUUAAAGGCGAUGAAGAGGAUUAUGGAGAAGAAAUGGUCCUCUCCUUUGCUCAGCAAGAAGAAAUACAGAUAGAACCCGACAAAGUGUCAGCUCCUGGGGUUUUCUAUUGGAGCAAUAAGGAUGCGUGGAGGAUUGCGGGUCAGUAUAUAGUGGUGCUGAAAGCUAAUGUUCACAAAUCUCAGACAGAGAGAGUCAUACGGCGCCUGCAGACAAGAGCAGCCAAGCAUGGCUAUCUGACGAAAAUUGUCCAUGUGUUCCACGAGCUUUUCCGGGGGUUUGUGGUCAAGAUGAGCAGUGAUAUGUUGGAGAUGGCGCUGAAAUUGCCCCAUGUGGAUUACAUUGAGGAAGAUUCAUAUGUUUUUGCUCAGACUAUUCCAUGGAAUCUAGAUCGGAUCAUUCCUUCACAGCAUGUGGCCAGCAACUUCAACCCUCCAAACACCGGAGACUUGGUAGAGGUUUAUCUGUUGGAUACCAGCAUCCACAGCAAUCACAGAGAAAUUGAGGGGAAGGUUUUUGUGACCGACUUUGAAAAUGUUCCAGAAGAAGAUGGAACGCGAUUCCACAGACAGGCCAGCAAAUGUGAGAGCCACGGGACACACAUGGCCGGCGUGGUGAGUGGAAGGGAUGCCGGUGUAGCUAAAGGAGUCAAUCUGCGAAGUCUCAGAGUACUAAAUUGUCAAGGCAAAGGCACUGUGAUUGGAAGUCUGACGGGUCUAGAGUUUAUCAGAAAGACAUUAAUUUCGCAGCCAUACAAUCCUCUAAUCAUCCUGAUCCCAUUUGUUGGAGGAUACAGCCAAACACUUAAUGCAGCAAGUCGAGCUUUGGUUAAGUCAGGAGCGGUGAUAAUUGCAGCGGCUGGAAACUACAAAGAUGAUGCCUGCUUGUAUUCGCCUGCUUCGGAACCUGAGGUUAUCACUGUUGGAGCCACCAACUACCAGGACCAGCCAGUAACUUUGGGUACCCUUGGAACCAAUUUUGGCAACUGUAUUGACAUAUUUGCGCCAGGUGAUGAUAUAAUUGGGGCGUCCAGUGACUGCACGACUUGCUUUACAUCCCAAAGUGGAACGUCUCAAGCAGCAGCCCAUGUGGCAGGUAUUGCAGCCAUGAUACUGAACAACAAACAAGACUUGACUGUAUCAGAACUGAGGCAGAGACUGAUACAUUAUUCUACCAAAAAGGUCAUCAAUGAAGUUUGGUUUCCUGAAGAUCAGAGGCUGAUUACUCCGAACCGUGUUGCAGGGCUCCCUGUGAAACUGGUACCAGAUGAGGAACUGUUUUGUCGAACAGUUUGGUCAAAACCAUCUGGAUUUGCUCGUAAUGCAAAAACAUCUGCUCAGUGCAGUGGGAACGAAGAAAUGUUUAGUUGCUCGAGUUUCUCCCGAAAUGGGAAGAGAAAAGGGGAACAUAUAGAGGAACAGGACGGGAAGAAAACCUGCAUUGCCCACAAUGCAUUUGGUGGUGAUGGUGUAUAUGCAAUUGCUCGCUGCUGUAUAUGGCCUAAAGCAAAUUGCCAUGUUAACAUAAGUUCACCCAGUGAAGGAGACUCUGCUUCCAUUGCAAGCUGUACAAAUGAGGACCAUAUCUUAACAGGCUGCAGCUCCCAUUCAUCAUCUGGACAUCACAGUGACUCUGUAAGACCUGUACAUAGCUCUGACACAAAGGAUCCAGUUUGUGAAGGGAAAAGUGAAGCGACUUCUCAUGCCCUGUGCUGCCAUGCGCCAAAUAUCGCAUGCAAAGUGAAGGAAUAUGCUCCUGUGGGCUUCACAGACAAGGUAACGGUCUCAUGCGAUGAGGGCUGGACGCUGACUGGGUGCAAUGCAUUUUCCCGCAACGCGAAGACCAUGGGCGCCUACGCAGUUGACGACACCUGUGUUGUAAUCAAUCCAAAAGGUGGAAAAGGAGCUGCAGCAGUUGCGAUCUGUUGUCAAAACAAACAUAUGGAGAACAAUCAUAAUUCAAAUUAUAGGUGAAUUGGCUCAAGACAUUUUUGCUUCUGUUACAUGUAUUUUUUUUUUUUAUUACUCAUUCACAAUCCCUGAACUAUCUCAGGUAGAAGAAUAUUCUGUUUGCUUUCAAACCCAAUUUAUAUUGCGUCCAUAUAUACAGAAUUCUGCA